UCCACCGAGCAUGCUCCCGAGCACCCCUUGUGGGGUGAGAACGCAUGGAGAGUGGAAGCUAGGCCUGCCUGAAGGCCCUGAUGAGACUCUCCAAAGCCAGCGCAGACAAGACUGGAGGGACCCGAGGUUUUUCAAAAUGGACAAUUUCCUGCCAUCAGGAGGGUGCUGGGCACGAGGCUAGUUUGCCAGACAGAUCCUAAGCAUGCUUACAGUUAAGGAGACAAGAGGAGAAGUUGGGAAUCAUUUUGGCGUCUUUUUGUCAGUGACUGCCUGCAUGAGGAGACCACUCUUCGUUUGGCGACCUUUGAUGAGUAAAGGGGAUGCCAGAAGAGAGAUCUGCAUGAAGACUGAACUGUUGAAAGAUAUCACCAACAACAAAGAGGAAGGAUUUAAUGCUAUGGCAGCUGAUGAAAGUGCCAUAGAGAAGCAAGUUGGGGAACCCAAGAUGGCCCCCGAUGGCGAAACCAACGGCUCCUGUGAGUGCAGUGAGACCAAGAGCCCCUCCGGUGCAGCGAAGAACCCUAAGGACAAUGCAAAACUGAGCCCAGGGGAUGCCACGGCCAAGAUAAAUAGAAUCACCGAGAACGGCAUUUCUGAGAGAGACAAUGACACUGUAAAGCAAAACCACAUAAAAGCAAACGAUUUCACACAGACUGCGGUCACGGGGAGCAAUGGAUACGUUUUACCCAAGCACGUGGCUCAGGAGCUACCCAUAAGGACUACCAGCGGUGCUUUUGCUUCCCUCACUGGCCACGCCGCAAAAACCCUCCCCUCCACGGGAAGCAAAGGGCGCGCGCUGAGCACCUUCCCCCAGGCGCCAGCUAAACCCGGGGAGGCCGCGAAGGACGGUGAGGUUAAGAAAUCCGCUGCAGCAAAUGCCAGCAUCAAGGUCCACAGGGCUCGGAAGACGAUGCCCAAGUCUGCUUCCAGCAUGCAUACAACUAAAGACCCCAAAGAAGCAAAAGCACCUAAGGAAGAUGGCAGCAAAAAUGUUCUGGAGUUUGGGAAGCCCCUGUCCUUGCCCCCUGUCCCUGGCCUUCAUUCAUCUCUACCUCAGAACCAGAGCUAUGUGGCCGCCUCAAAAUCACAGACAGCUGCUUCGGUAUCUCGGAAGAAAAAACGAAGAAUGGGAACGUACAGCCUGGUUCCUAAGAAAAAGACCAAAGUUUUAAAGCAGAGGACUAUGAUUGAGAUGUUCAAAAGCAUCACUCAUUCCUCUUCAGGUGGCAAGUGUAUUCAGGACGAAAAGGGAGAUGCCAGUCCUCACGUGAACGGGGAAAGAUUAGAAAUGGAUUCCGAAGAGGAAGACUCUGACGAACUGGAAGAGGACGAGCGUGGGACCGAGCAGCCCCCCGCCUUUCCCACAGAGGACAACAGAAUUGCUAAGGAGGAGAACGCGGAAGCCGACAAUGUCCGAAAGAUCCUCGAUGGAGAUUCGGAGGCGGAGAGAGACUCGGGAGAAUCUGCAGAAGAGGAGGAGGAUGGUGACGAGUCUGACUUGAGUUCAGAAUCCUGCCUCAAGAGGAAGAUGAUGAAGAAGAAGGGGAAGACGGAAAGCCCCUGGCUGAAGCCCACCCGGAAGAGGCGGCGGAGAAGUAAAAAGAAACAAGGAGGUGCUUUAGGUUCAGAAGCCUAUAAGCAACCUUUGGGGAGUGGAGAAGGAGCCAGGCAGGAGAAUAGCAUGGAGUACAUGGAGGUCUCUCUGGAUUCCUUGGAUCUUCGAGUAAAGGGAAUUCUAUCUUCGCAAUCAGAAGGUCUUUCCAAUGGCCCGGGAGCAAUGGAAGCGGACAGUCUCCAGGAAGUGCCUCUCUGUAGCUGUCGAAUGGAAACGCCCAAAAGCCGGGAGAUCACGACACUCGCCAACAACCAGUGCAUGGCAACCGAAAGCGUGGAUAAAGAGCUGAGCCGAUGCACAAACCGUGUGCUGAAGAACGAGCUGAUGCGUCCUUCCAACAAAGUCCAGCUCCUGGUGCUGUGCGAGGACCACAGAGGGAGGAUGGUGAAGCACCAGUGCUGCCCUGGUUGUGGCUUCUUUUGUGCAGCGGGGACCUUCAUGGAAUGCCAGCCGGAGAGCAGCGUCUCCCACCGGUUCCACAAGGACUGCGCUUCCCAGGUCAAGGGGCUGAGCUACUGCCCCCACUGUGGGGAGGAGGCCUCCAAGGCGAAAGAAGUGACUGUGGCGAAGGCGGACACCACCUCCACGCUUCUGCUGACCUACGAGCCGAAGAAGCCCGGCCCCUCGGAGGGCAGGGCAGACACGACGACCGGAAGUGGGACGGGAACGCAGCCAUCUGAAGAAGGUAGAUCGGAGAGCUCAUCUGCUGAAGGUUUUGACUUGGCUGGGACGUCGGCCUUUCCUAAACCUGCCCCAACUGGUUUAUCUCAGGGACCAGUUAAAGAAACCUUGGAAAGUGCUUUGAUUGCCCUCGAUUCAGAAAAACCCAAGAAGUUGCGGUUUCACUCCAAACAGCUGUACUUCUCUGCAAGGCAAGGGGAACUGCAGAAGGUUCUGCUCAUGCUGGUGGACGGGAUUGACCCCAACUUCAAAAUGGAGCACCAGAAUAAGAGAAGCCCCCUCCACGCAGCUGCAGAGUCCGGACACGUCGAUGUUUGCCAUAUGCUGGUUCAGGCUGGUGCUAAUAUAGACAACUGCUCUCAGGACCAGCGGACACCCCUCAUGGAGGCAGCGGAAAACAACCACCUGGAGACCGUGAAAUACCUCAUCAAGGCCGGCGCGUUAGUGGAUCCCAAGGAUGCAGAAGGUUCAACGUGUUUGCACCUGGCGGCAAAGAAGGGCCAUUACGACGUGGUGCAGUAUCUCCUGUCCAACGAGCAGGUGGACGUCAACUGCCAGGAUGAUGGGGGCUGGACGCCCAUGAUAUGGGCCACGGAGUAUAAGCACGUCGAGCUGGUGAAGCUGCUGCUGGCCAAGGGGUCCGACAUCAACAUCCGUGACAAUGAGGAGAACAUUUGUUUACAUUGGGCCGCUUUCUCGGGGUGCGUCGACAUAGCGGAUAUUUUGCUGGCCGCGAAGUGUGACUUGCAUGCGGUGAACAUCCACGGAGAUUCCCCCUUGCACAUAGCCGCACGAGAGAACCGCUACGAGUGUGUGGUACUCUUUCUCUCCCGAGGCUCGGACGUCACCCUGAAGAACAAGGAGGGCGAGACUCCCCUGCAGUGUUCGAGUCUCAACUCUCAAGUCUGGGUUGCCCUGCAGAUGAACAAAACCCUCAAAGAAUCGGCUCCAGAGAAGCCCCUCCGGAUGGAAAAGAUUCUGAGCAGAGACAUCGCCCGUGGUUACGAGCGGAUCCCGAUUCCGUGCAUCAAUUCUGUAGACAACGAGCCAUGCCCUAGCAACUACAAAUACGUUUCCCAGAACUGUGUGACUUCCCCCAUGAACAUCGACAGGAACAUCACGCACCUGCAGUACUGCGUGUGCACAGACAAUUGCUCUUCCAGUAAGUGCAUGUGUGGACAGCUGAGUGUGCGCAGCUGGUACGACCGGGAUGGGCGGCUCUUGCCCGAGUUCAACACGGCCGAGCCACCGUUGAUCUUCGAGUGCAACCACGCCUGCUCUUGCUGGAGGACCUGCCGGAACCGCGUGGUGCAGAACGGGCUCCGGGCCCGAUUGCAACUUUUUCGCACAAGGAAGAUGGGCUGGGGCGUGCGGACGAUGCAAGACGUUCCACUGGGAACCUUCGUUUGCGAGUAUGUUGGAGAGCUGAUCUCUGAUUCAGAGGCAAAUGUACGUGAAGAAGACUGCUAUCUUUUUGACCUUGGCAACAAGGACAGGGAAGUGUACUGCAUAGAUGCCCGGUUCUACGGCAACAUCAGCCGCUUCAUCAACCAUUUCUGCGAGCCAAACCUGAUCGCCGUGCGAGUGUUCAUGUCCCACCAGGACCUGCGCUUCCCUCGGAUUGCCUUCUUCAGCAGCAGGGACAUCCAGGCUGGAGAAGAGAUCGGGUUCGACUACGGCGAGAGGUUCUGGGACAUCAAGGGCAAGUACUUCAGCUGCGUGUGCCGCUCGCCCAAGUGCAGGCACUCCAGUGCAGCUCUGGCCCAGCGGCAAGCGAGCCCCUCCGCCUCCCCAGAAACACCGGAGAACCGGCUCCCCGACACCAGCUCUGCCGCCCCACCGCCGUCGCCGUGGCAGCCAACCCCUUCUGAGGGCCCGGCACCCCACGCCACCUUCAGGAUCCACGGCCGGUUUGCAUUUUGUCUUCUCUCCGCAAGAAAGGAAACUCGCGAGCUUCGCAGCACCCUGGCACGGCCGCCCCCGGACGAACGGGCAAGGUGCCUUCGGUGCCCCCCACCCCCCCCAGCUCAGCCUUCCACACUCGCGACACGCCAGGAAAGAGCGGAGCGCACGGUGCAAGCCCGGAGGGGGGCGGUCCUCGUCUCCCCUCCGGGGUCUCAUAACACAGGCCAAGGGAAAGGUGUGUGUCUCUCUCGCUCUCCCUCCUCCCUCCCUCCCUCCCUCCCUCCCUCCCUCCCUCUCUCUCUCUCUCUCUCUCACACCCACCCACCCACCCACCCACCCACCCCUUUGGAAGGAUGCAAACUGAACAGACGGCUCACAACCACUUUCCCUGCUGGUCGUACUAAACUCUGGACGGCGCCGAUCGAUCCUCAGAGCAAAGUCUGGACAGUGCCGAUAGACCCCUUUGGCACGGCUGUGGGGGAGCUUGCUUGCACCUGGACCAAGCUCCCUUCCUCUCGCUCGCCACGGCGUCGUCCUGGGCCCCGGGCCUGCUCGAGACCUCGUGCGGGGAGCCCCUAGUUGGCCACCCUCGUUCUCCCACCUCAAUUUGCCCAAACCUGGCAGUUGUUCUCAGAGUCCUGUCCGGGCGUCUCCGUUACAGACCAGCUCCUGGGCGUGUUCCCCCUUCCCUGCUGGCUCUCUCUUCACAUUAGUGGAUCCGCCCCCUUCUUUCCAUCAUGCUAGGAACCUAAUAGGAACACAUCUUCAAUGACACUAACUCCUAAGAGCAAAGGAGGGUGGGGUUCGCUGUUUUUAAUUCUGAAAACUGGCAUUUAUAGAGACCCUGUCCUGGGCAUUUCUUCAGCAGACUCUCAGAAACUGGGCACCCCCCGGACAUGGUGUGAGAAGAUUGACUUGUGCCAUCUCCACUUUUCGGGUCUGUUCUCCCCCCCCCCCCUUUUAAGCUACGCAUUAUGAGGUUGAAGUUGGACUGAACUGAGUUUAUUUUUUACCAUUGGACGCUGAACCUGAAAAGCUCCGAAUGAACCUGCCCUCACCCAAGCAACUAAACGGUGCUGAUUUAGUGUGAUUUUUACUCACUGCGUGAAUAUACAUUUCAGUUGUAUAAUAAAAAGGAAAAAAAGAACAAAGUGAUUUUAGUAUAUAAUGCAGGGACAAAACCCCACAAAACCUUUUUUAAAAAUUGUUAGUAUUGUAGUGAGAAUAAAUCCGCCAUCCCCUUUUGUGUGAUGGCAAAGCAGGGUCAUUUUAUUUUUCAUAUAUCCUUAAAUACUGUAAUUAGUGCAGUACCAGGUUUGGGGGCUUUUUUUUUUUUUGGUGCAUCUCUUCUAAACCAUUCAUAUUGCCGGGUGUUUUAUUUUCGUUUUUUUUUUUCCUCCCUGUUCCAUGUUUUUGACCGUUUUAAAGGAGCUGUCUUUCGGCUCCUGUCACUUCCUUGUUCUGUUUUCAAUGAGAUCAAUAAAAAGUGCUUUAAAAACGGAA